AUGUCGUCGAUACCGAAGGAGCCAGAGCAGGUGAUGAAGCUGAGAGAUGGAUCGGUACUUGGGAAGAAGACGAUUCUUAAGAGUGACCAUUUCCCUGGUUGCCAGAACAAGCGUAUGACUCCUCAGAUCGAAGGCGCUCCCAAUUACCGUCAGGCUGAUUCACUACGUGUACAUGGGGUUGCAAUCCCUACCGCUGUUGGUAUACGAAAUGUUCUUAGGCACAUUGGAGCUCACAAGGACGGGAAACAAGUUAAAGUUCUUUGGAUUAGUCUUAGGGAGGAACCGGUAGUUUACAUAAAUGGGCGACCGUUUGUUCUACGUGAUGUGGAGAAACCGUUCACCAAUCUUGAAUACACGGGAAUCAACAGGGUUAGGGUAGAGCAAAUGGAAGCACGGUUAAAAGAAGAUAUUCUCAUGGAGGCAUCGAGAUAUGGGAAUAAGAUACUUGUCACCGAUGAACUGCCAGAUGGUCAGAUGGUUGACCAGUGGGAGCCAGUCUCUACUGAUUCUUUAAAGACACUGCUUGAGGUGUACGAGGAACUGCAGGCUGAAGGAUACCUUGUCGACUAUGAACGUGUUCCUAUAACAGAUGAAAAGUCACCAAAAGAAACAGAUUUUGAUCUGUUGAUUAGGAAGAUAUCUCAGGCUGACAUUAAUACGGAGAUCAUUUUCAAUUGUCAAAUGGGACGUGGACGUACUACGACUGGAAUGGUGAUUGCAACCCUGGUCUAUUUCAAACGUACUGGAGCAUCAGAUCAAGGAUUCCCAAGAAACAACUCUUUUGGGAGAAUCUUUAAAGCUGGCGAAAAUAUUACUGUUAACCUGCCGAAUUCGGAGGAGGCAAUUCGUAGAGGGGAAUAUGCGGUCGUUAGAAGUUUAAUUAGAGUCUUAGAGGGUGGUGUAGAAGGUAAAAGGCAAGUUGAUAAAGUCAUCGACAAAUGUGCAUCCAUGCAGAAUUUACGAGAGGCAAUUGCAACCUAUCGCAGUAGUAUUUUGCGUCAACCCGAUGAAAAGAAGAGAGAGGCAGCACUCUCAUUUUUUGUUGAGUACUUGGAGAGAUAUUACUUCCUUAUAUGCUUUGCUGUAUAUAUUCAUUCAGAGGGUGCUUUCCUCCAAUCUGGUUCGUUUGGCCACGUCAGUUUUGCUGAUUGGAUGCGAGCUAGGCCAGAGCUCUAUAGCAUUCUUCGCAGGUUGCUCAGAAGAGAUCCGAUGGGUGCCCUUGGAUAUGCAGCUAUGAAGCCUUCUUUGACAAAGAUUGCAGAAUCUACUGAUGGGCGCCCUCACGAGAUGAGCGUCGUUGCUGCGCUUAGAAGUGGGGCAGUUCUGGGAAGUCAAACUGUUCUAAAGAGCGAUCAUAGUCCUGGCUGUCAAAUUUUAAAUCUACCAGAGAGGGUGGAAGGAGCUCCGAAUUUCAGGGAGGUUCCAGGAUUUCCAGUAUAUGGUGUUGCUAAUCCAACUAUAGAUGGUAUUCGAUCUGUCAUUGANUGUGUAUCUGAUCAUUUGCCUUACAGAUAUGGGAAUAAGAUACUUGUCACCGAUGAACUGCCAGAUGGUCAGAUGGUUGACCAGUGGGAGCCAGUCUCUACUGAUUCUUUAAAGACACUGCUUGAGGUGUACGAGGAACUGCAGGCUGAAGGAUACCUUGUCGACUAUGAACGUGUUCCUAUAACAGAUGAAAAGUCACCAAAAGAAACAGAUUUUGAUCUGUUGAUUAGGAAGAUAUCUCAGGCUGACAUUAAUACGGAGAUCAUUUUCAAUUGUCAAAUGGGACGUGGACGUACUACGACUGGAAUGGUGAUUGCAACCCUGGUCUAUUUCAAACGUACUGGAGCAUCAGAUCAAGGAUUCCCAAGAAACAACUCUUUUGGGAGAAUCUUUAAAGCUGGCGAAAAUAUUACUGUUAACCUGCCGAAUUCGGAGGAGGCAAUUCGUAGAGGGGAAUAUGCGGUCGUUAGAAGUUUAAUUAGAGUCUUAGAGGGUGGUGUAGAAGGUAAAAGGCAAGUUGAUAAAGUCAUCGACAAAUGUGCAUCCAUGCAGAAUUUACGAGAGGCAAUUGCAACCUAUCGCAGUAGUAUUUUGCGUCAACCCGAUGAAAAGAAGAGAGAGGCAGCACUCUCAUUUUUUGUUGAGUACUUGGAGAGAUAUUACUUCCUUAUAUGCUUUGCUGUAUAUAUUCAUUCAGAGGGUGCUUUCCUCCAAUCUGGUUCGUUUGGCCACGUCAGUUUUGCUGAUUGGAUGCGAGCUAGGCCAGAGCUCUAUAGCAUUCUUCGCAGGUUGCUCAGAAGAGAUCCGAUGGGUGCCCUUGGAUAUGCAGCUAUGAAGCCUUCUUUGACAAAGAUUGCAGAAUCUACUGAUGGGCGCCCUCACGAGAUGAGCGUCGUUGCUGCGCUUAGAAGUGGGGCAGUUCUGGGAAGUCAAACUGUUCUAAAGAGCGAUCAUAGUCCUGGCUGUCAAAUUUUAAAUCUACCAGAGAGGGUGGAAGGAGCUCCGAAUUUCAGGGAGGUUCCAGGAUUUCCAGUAUAUGGUGUUGCUAAUCCAACUAUAGAUGGUAUUCGAUCUGUCAUUGAUAGGGUUGGGAGUUCUAGAGGUGGUCGGCCAGUUUUCUGGCACAAUAUGAGAGAAGAACCUGUUAUCUAUAUCAACGGGAAACCAUUCGUUCUACGUGAAGUUGAAAGACCGUAUAAGAACAUGCUAGAAUAUACGGGAAUUGAUCGAGAUAGAGUUGAAGGAAUGGAGGCUCGUCUAAAAGAGGAUAUUCUAAGAGAAGCUAAGCGAUACGACGGUGCAAUAAUGGUCAUUCAUGAAACUAAAGAUGGACAGAUUUUUGACUUAUGGGAAAAUGUGGAUACUGAUUCUGUUCAAACACCCCUCGAGGUCUACAAAUGUUUAGAGGCUGAUGGUUUUCCUAUUAAGUAUGCACGCGUACCUAUAACUGAUGGUAAAGCGCCCAAAAGCUCAGACUUUGACACGUUGACAUCUAAUAUUGCUUCUGCUUCCAAAGACACUGCCUUUGUCUUCAAUUGCCAGAUGGGGAGAGGUAGAACAACAACUGGAACUGUCAUUGCAUGUCUAGUGAAGCUCCGCAUCAAUUAUGGGAGACCUAUCAAGGUACUUUAUGAUGUUCUGACCCAUGAAAUUGUGGAUGAAGAUUCCUCAAGUGGUGGUGAAGAAAGUGGAAGUAAUAACGCUGAAGAAAGACCUCGUAAUUCAGGACGAAGAAGUGAGGAGGAACAAGGUCGUGCAUUUGGAAUGGAUGACAUCCUUUUGCUGUGGAAAAUUACUAGGUUAUUCGAUAAUGGAGUUGAAUCCCGUGAGGCGUUAGAUGCUGUGAUUGAUAGAUGUUCUGCAUUGCAAAAUAUUCGUGAAGCUGUUCUGCAGUACAGGAAGGUUUUCAACCAACAACAUGUUGAGCCACGAGUAAGGAGUGCUGCCUUGAAACGUGGCGCUGAAUACUUGGAGAGAUACUUCCGUUUGAUUGCCUUUGCAGCCUACUUAGGAAGCAAAGCUUUUGAUGGAUUCUUUGUGGAAGGAGAAUCUAAGGUGACGUUCAAGAAUUGGUUGCAUCAGAGGCCCGAGGUGCAAGCAAUGAAGUGGAGCAUAAGGCUAAGACCUGGACGAUUUUUUACCAUUCCUGAGGAACUGCGGGCACAACAUGAAUCGCAACAUGGAGAUGCAGUCAUGGAGUCAAUUGUCAACGAACGGAGUGGUUCUGUCUUGGGAAAAGGUUCUAUUCUUAAAAUGUACUUUUUUCCUGGCCAAAGAACUUCAAGUCGCUUGCAAAUCAACGGUGCACCUCAUGUAUACAAGGUCGAUAGAUACCCUGUUUAUAGCAUGGCAACUCCCACAAUUUCAGGCGCUAAAAAGAUGCUCGCCUAUUUAGGCACCAAACUAAAGGAAGAAGGUGGGGUUUCAACAGAGAGGAUAGUAAUAACAGACUUGAGAGAAGAAGCAGUAGUUUACAUCAAUGGAACUCCUUUUGUCUUGAGAGAAUUGAGUAAACCUGUUGAUACCCUUAAGCAUGUUGGAAUAACGGGUGCAGUGGUAGAAAGCAUAGAAAUACGGUUAAAAGAAGAUAUAUUGUCUGAAGUUCGAGAGACUGGAGGUCGAAUGCUAUUGCAUCGAGAAGAAUACAGCCCAGCAUCAAAUGAAUCUCGGGUUAUUGGAUACUGGGAGAAUAUUCAACCAGAUAAUGUGAAGACACCUGCAGAAGUAUAUGCUGCUCUGAAAGAUGAAAAUUUCAACAUAACGUACCAAAGAAUACCUUUAACCAGAGAAAAAGACGCAUUAGCUUCUGAUGUAGACGCAAUCCAGUACUGUAAAGACGAUUCUGCUGGGAGUUACUUGUUUGUAUCGCACACCGGUUUUGGAGGUGUUUCGUAUGCAAUGGCCAUUACUUGUCUCCUACUUCAACCUGGUCAGAACUUCAUAUCAACACCAACACUAACCACAAAUUCUGCUACCUUAGAAGAAGAUAAUUCGACUUCAUGGGCUUGUGAUGAAGAAGCAUUGAGUAUGGGAGAUUACCGUGACAUACUGAGUCUCAUAAGAGUGCUAUCUCAUGGUCCGCAAAGCAAAUCAGACGUAGAUGGAAUAGUCGAAUUGUGUGCUGGUGCAGGACAUUUGAGAGAAGACAUCGUUUACUACAGUAAAGAACUGAACAAGCUUCCAAUUACAAAAGAUGAAAACCGUUCGUACAUCAUGGACAUGGGUGUUAAAGCCUUAAGGCGUUACUUUUACCUGAUAACAUUCAGAUCAUACCUCUACUGCACGUCGCCUGAAGAAAUGAAAUUCUUGGAUUGGAUGAAGUCACGGCCGGAACUUGGACAUCUCUGUCAUAACCUCAGGAUAGAUAAAUAAAAGGUGUUUUUUGGGGUUUCAGUGUCCAUACAUACAUAUAUAAAAUAUAUAUAACCUAGGCAAAGUUAUGUUGUUUGGUUUUUAUACAGAGCUUUUAGUGUAUAAAAAAAUUGUAAAGCUUUCUCUCCAUGUCCCCGUGUUUGCUUUGUAGAGAGAUCUCUGUUUAUAGGUUUGCUCCUUUCGUAUGGAUUGCUUUUAAAACCCUCCAGCUGAUUCAGCUAGGUUUACUCUAAUGAAAAAGCUUCUUAUUUUUUUC